AUGCGGCUGCUCCACGCAAGGCAACUGGGCUGCAGGUCCGUCGCCUCGCCACGCACUGCUCCCCCCCUCGCCCAGCCGUCCAUGGCCCUAGGGCUUGCCUUUGGAUGGACGACGAGAAGAGCGGCGUUGACGGCGACGGCUCGCUGUCCGCCUCGCGCUCGGCGAUGGUAUGCCGUCGACCUCAAGGCCUUGGACAGAAAGUGGCGGCCAACAUGGCAGCACCCUGCCGGCCGGCGAGACGGUGACCCGAACGACGGCCCCGAGGAGGACAAGUUUGUCCUGCCCAUGUUCCCCUACCCCUCCGGCAGUCUCCAUCUCGGCCACCUGCGCGUCUACACCAUCGCCGACGUCGUCGCACGAUACCACAAGCUGAAGGGCCGCAAUGUCCUGCUGCCCAUGGGUUGGGACGCGUUUGGUCUGCCGGCCGAGAACGCGGCGCUCGAGCGUGGCAUUCGGCCCGCCGAAUGGACGACGAGCAACAUUUCCAGAAUGAAGGAGCAGAUGGACCUCAUGAACGGAAGCUGGGCGUGGGAUCGCGAAAUCACGACGUGUGAUGCCGACUUCUACAAGCACACCCAGAAGCUCUUCCUGAUGCUGCAUGAGCGUGGGCUGGCCUACCAAGCCGAAGCCGAGGUCAACUACGAUCCGGUCGAUAAGACGGUGCUCGCAAACGAGCAGGUCGACGCCAACGGCUGCUCGUGGCGCUCCGGGGCCAAGGUGGAGAAGAAGAAGCUCAAGCAGUGGUUCUUCCGCAUUUCCGAGUUCCGGGAGGCUCUCCUCGAGGACCUCGACGUGCUCGCCCGAGACAACGACUGGCCGGAGCACGUCAUCUCGCAGCAGAGGAACUGGCUCGGCAAGUCGACCGGUGCCCUCGUCAAGUUUCCCAUACUGAGCUUCGGUGCCGACGUCGGCGCCGGCAUCCAAGUCUUCACGACACGGCCGGACACGCUCUUCGGCGUCCAGUACAUCGCCCUGUCGGCCUCGCACCCCGUCGUCGCCCGCCUAGCCCAGGGUGACCCUGAACUGCAGGCUUUCCUCGACACCCUGCCGGGCCUGCCGCCGGACUCCAAGGUCGGCUACGUGCUGCCGCACAUCAGGGCCAUCAACCCUCUUGCCUACCACGACAGCACCCCCGAGGCGACCAAGGCCUCUCUGCCCGUCUACGUCGCGCCCUACGUCGUCGGCGACUACGGCGAAGGCGCCGUCAUGGGCGUGCCGGGCCAUGACGUACGCGACCACAGCUUCUGGAAGACGCAUCAGGCGGACGAGCCGGUCCGGGUCGUGCUGGCGGCCUCGGAGGACGAGUCGACGACGGCCUUUGCGAACGAGCCCUUUGUCCACCACGGCGUCAUGACGGAGCAUAGCGGUCUGUUCAAGGGAAAGUCGUCGCACGAUGCCGGCCGGAUGAUCGUCGGCAUCCUCGAGGCCUCGGAGUUGGCCAAGCCCGUGGAGAGGUGGCGUCUUCGCGACUGGCUCAUCAGCCGCCAGAGGUACUGGGGCACGCCGAUUCCCAUGGUUCACUGCGACGGCUGCGGUGCCGUUCCCGUGCCGGACGACCAGCUGCCCGUGGAGCUGCCUCGGAUCGACGAGCACUGGGCCGCGGGCGGGACGGGAAACGCGCUCGAGUCGUCGCCGACUUUUGUCGAGACGGCAUGCCCCAAGUGCGGCGGACCGGCUCGCAGAGACACCGACACGAUGGAUACUUUUGUCGACUCGAGCUGGUACUAUGCCCGAUUCGCCGACCCGCGGAAUCCCGACCAUCUCUUCUCUCCCCAAGCCGGCCGGCAUCUCCCCGUCGACAUUUACAUUGGCGGCAUCGAGCAUGCCAUCCUCCACCUGCUCUACGCGCGCUUCAUCUACAAGUUCCUCGCCUCGACGCAGCUUCUGCCCCAAUAUUCGGACGAUUCCGCCGCCGCGGCCGCGCCCGAACCGUUCAAGCGCUUGAUCACGCAGGGCAUGGUCCAUGGCAAGACGUACAUCAACGCCGACGACGGCAAGUUCCUUCGGCCCGACGAGGUCGACCUCUCGGAUCCGUCGACGCCCAGAGUCGUCGCCACGGGCGCGCCGGCCACGGUCGCGUACGAGAAAAUGUCCAAGUCGAAGCACAACGGCGUGGACCCGUCCGAGUUCAUCUCCAAGUACGGCGCAGACCCCACCAGGGCUCACAUGCUGUUCCAGGCGCCGGUCGGGGACACGCUCAACUGGGAUGACUCCAAGAUCGCCGGCGUCACGCGCUGGCUCCAGAGGCUGCACGACCAGGUGGCGGCGGUGGCGAGCUCGCCCGGGUCGACCGAGGCCAAGGCCUACCUCGAGGCCAAGGCGGAGGAGGCGAGCUCGAUGGAGGGGGAGCAGCUCCGCCGGUGGGAUGCCGAAGUGGGCUUGUGGAGGGACGUGCAGCGGACGAUUCGCUCCGUGACGGGCUCGUACGAUGCCAUCUACUCCCUGAACACGGUCGUCUCGGACCUCAUGAGCCUCACCAACGCGCUGGUCCAGCACGGCGAGGCGGGCGACGUCAUCAAGCGGCAAGCCGCCGGCGUCCUCGUCACCCUCUUGGCGCCCAUCACGCCGGCGUUUGCCGAGGAGUGCUGGAGCCUGCUGCGCCCGUCGACGGGAUCCAUCUUCGCGACGGCCUCGUUCCCCGUCGAGGACGGCACGCUGUCGACGGGCCUACUGCAGCCCCGGCAGCGCUCGUGCGCCGUGCAGGUCAACGGCAAGAUGCGGGCCGUCGUCGAGCUCCCGCCGACGCCCCCCGGGCUCGAGGGCGACGCGCUGCGCGACUGGAUGACGGCCGCCAUUCUCGAGACGGACGUGGGCAAGGAGAGAUUCAGCGAAGGGGGGCGCUACGACCUGAGCAAGGCCAAGAGAGCGAUCCCGGUGCGGGGAGGCAAGGUGAUGAACUUUGUCAUGCCAGAAGUAGAUUCAUAG